UGACAAUAAGGAAGUGACACUCUAGCGUCUGUACCUGAAACAAGCUAAUGGUGAUACAACGCUUUGCUGCUGUCCUGUCCCGAGCAAAUGCAUCCUUAAUCUAGUUUUGCACUGAUUAAAACUAUUAAGCAAAUACAGAAAUAUAUGUUGCCAGUCAUAUGCCAUAUAUGUUGCAGUUGUCUGAUGUCUGUAUAAAGCUGGAACAGGUGAAUGACAGACGUAUUAGUUUUGUAGUGUUACGUUAAGAAAGAAAAGCUUCAAGCAUUUAUUCUGUGUCUGAAGUUACUAUUAUGGAUCAGUAUUCAUUAGUGAAAGUCAUUGGAAAAGGAUCUUUCGGUCGAGCUCUUUUGGUUCAGCCAAUAAGCGAAGAGCAGAAUUAUGUUAUGAAGGAAAUACGACUGCCAAAGAUUGAUUCUGGGAUAAGAAACAGCAGAAGAGAAGCCGUGCUUCUGUCCAGAAUGAAGCAUCCGAACAUUGUGGCGUUUAGAGACUCAUUUGAAGAUGAUGGUCAUCUGUAUAUUGUGAUGGAGUUCUGCAGUGGUGGAGAUCUUUUUCAAAGGAUACAGCAGCAAAAAAAUGUUCUAUUUGCUGAGGACAUGAUCCUGAAGUGGUUUGCACAGAUGUGUCUAGGCACCAAACACAUUCAUGACAAGAGAGUACUUCACAGGGAUUUAAAAGCAAAGAAUAUUUUCUUGACAGACAGUGGAACUGUGAAGGUGGGGGAUUUUGGAUCAGCUUGUUCUCUAAACAGUGCAAAAGCAUACGCUCAGACCUAUGUGGGCACUCCAUAUUAUGUGUCUCCAGAAAUAUGGGACAACAGACCUUACAAUAAUAAAAGUGACGUCUGGUCUCUGGGCUGUGUCUUGUAUGAACUUUGCACACUCCAACACCCGUUUCAGUCACGUAGCUGGAAAAGUCUGAUCCUGAAGGUGUGUCGUGGGGUGUAUACACCUUUACCCAGUCACUUCUCCUAUGAGCUGCACUACCUCAUCAAGCAUAUGUUCAAAACUAACCCUAGAGACAGACCCUCAGUACACACAAUCCUCAGCUCUCACCGUGUGUCUCGACUGCUGCAUAAACACCUGAUGCCAGAGCAUAAGGAACUGGUGCGAGAACAAACACAUCGUUGGAGGAGAGAGGAAGGAGAGAAAGUGGCCAUGUUUUUAGAACAGAAGAGUUUAGUGACCACAACUACCACUGAAGGACCUUUGCAAGUAGAGCAGUCCCCUGUGGAAAACAACAGCACUGAUGACCCAGCUUCUCGUAAGAAGUGGGUAGUCGGAACUUGUAAUACCGUGCUGGGGGUCCUAGGAAAUGCUGACAUCAUUUCCACGGGUAGCAUGGAAAAUGCAGAACGGGCUGAUCUCAUUUCAGAGGCAAAGUGUGGAGAGAUCCAGGAAAGACAAGUGAGGAAACAAUGGGACAAAGAUCCACCUGAGAGACUCCUGAGUGUUUUGGAGAAAGCACAGCUCUGCUAUGGCUUUGAGACAUACACUAUACGUAGAGAUGAGCAUGGAGACAAAGUGGACGGCCCUGAGAAGACGAUCACAGACUACAGUAGACUAGAGCCACGGUCAGAUGAUGAAGACACGGAUUUUGAAGAGGAAUAUUCAUACGACUGGAUAAAUGAACUAGAGAAAAUGGUGGAUGAGCACUAGAAAUGAAAUGUCAUCUGUCAGCACCGCUCUCCCAUUUACUGUCUGAAUCAGGCAGCACAGGAAGAGGAUGAGUCCAGCAGAUGGACGCUGACCUACUGAUCUUCACUUUCUACAAACUUCAUUAAGCUCUCUAUUUGUCAUGACUUCUGAAAUUGCAGACACAAACCAUUUAUAAAAUAAACUGUCUGGUCAGGUUUUCCUAUGGAAAAAACUGAACCUGAGCGUUCACUCGUGAAUAUGGUCUAUUGAUAGUGCUGCUCAAAGUCUACUUGUCCUGACAGAUAUAUAUAUAUAUAUAUAUAUAUAUAUAUAUAUAUGGCUCAUUCUAUAAUUACGGGUACAUUUAGAAUUUGACAAUGUGAAGAAAAAAGUUUUUCUUUUUCUCAAAAACCCAAACAUGAUCUUACAUAGCUGCUUUGAAACAAUCUAUAUUGUAUAAAUUGCUAUAUAAAUAAAGGUGAUCUGUAGGAAUAUGUGCAUAAAAUAACAUUUAUGUUUGUUGCUACUGUCCACCAUGUUACCUUUACUAGGUAACACAGUUGACAGGUAACUUAGCUGACAUUUUUGUUGUUUAGGGCCUAUACUCAACAUGGAAGCAUAGAACUACUGAGCAUAUGGUAUGUUUAGAAAUAUAUUUUCAGUAAAAAAAAAAAAAAAAAAAUUGGUUCAAUUAAAUCUAAAAUUUGAUUUGCAGUAAUAACACUUGUGUAACACUGUUGACAGUCAAUUAACUGACUCUUGACACAGGUUUGCUAGUAUAACCAAUAUUAGGGGAAGGAGAGAGAACAAAACUUCUAGUGUUUCAUCCAUACUUGUAGAGGAAAUAUCAUCAUACUGUGCAAAUUAUGUGAGAAUGGGACAAACCAUUUCUUUUUUCUUCUAGUGGGUAACUUAGUUGACAAUGGGGGUUCUAGUGGGCAACUUAGUUGACAAUGGUUUUUCGGACACAAAUAAAUCAAUUUAUAUCACAAUAAACACUUAUUAUUUUUGAAGCACACACCCAAAUGUCUUAAUAACCUAAUCUAACUGAAGGCAAAACUAUUAAAUUAAUUUAUAUUUGAGGUAAUUUUCAUGCUUAAAUGCAGAGUAGAACUUUACAAAUUCAGACAGCUGAAUACCAGGGUUGUAUGUGAUAUGAACAUCAUUUUUGAACAAAAGAAAUGGCUUUUUCAGCAUAUAGUAGUGGAAAAAAAUAAUUGUGUUUUAAAAAAUUAAGUGUCGGGGCUUUAUAUUGAUGAAAAUAUAUUAAAAAAAUAUACUUCACGGACAUGAGAUGUACCCACAAUUAUAGAACGACCCAAAUAUAUACAUAUAUAUACAUAGUAGUCAACAUUUCAAGUGGAUCAAAAAAGUUCAUAAAAUUUCUCCUAAGACAAGAACAGGUAUUGUUGUGAUUCAUGCCAAAUGUUGACUACUGUGUGUAUAUAUAUAUAUAUAUAUAUAUAUAUAUAUAUAUAUAUAUAUAUAUAUAUAUACAUAUAUACAUAUAUACAUACACUGCCCUCCAAAAGUUUGGAAACGCCCUAGAAAAGUGGGGUUUUGGACAAUAUUGGCAUGAAUCCUUUUUAAUUUGUGAUAAUUUUGCACUGAUAAGGGACAACACAAACUAUGAAAACAUAUUUUAUUACAUAAACAGUUUAUACAUAGAAAACACUUACAUUUUCGAUUCAUCAAAAUAUCCACCAUUAGCAGCUAUUACAGCUCUGCAUAAUCUGGGCCUAAAUUUAUUGUAUUCUAAACUUAAUUGGCAAUCAACUGUUGAAGCUAUUAAGGUGUGCUGACCCAAAAAUCUUUUAAAAACCUGGGCCAAGUUUAAACCAGUAACCAGGCAUCACAGCUGGCAAAGGGGCAUGUAUGACUUAAACAUGUAUUGCCAUUAUUAUGUAAUCAAAAUGAAAAUUAUUAUUGCUGGUCUUCAAUGAUAAUGUCAAGUUACUUUAAUGUAUUUGCACCAAAAAAUGAUAAGGAUUUUUGCUGAUAUCGUCCAAAACCACACUUUGCCAGGGGUGUUUCCAAACUUUUGGAGGGCAGUGUGUAUAUAUAUAUAUAUAUAUAUAUAUAUAUGUACAUUAGUCAACAUUUGCAGUGGAUCAAAACCUUUCAUCAAAGUCCUUAAACCAAAACAAUAUCGGUUCUUGUCUCACUUCAGUUGUUGACUACACUCAAAAAAAUAUUUCAGCCCUUAACUUAAUUCAAUUACGUACAAAAUUUCCAUGCAUUUAGAUUACGUAGUUUUAAUUUAAACAAAUCAAUUAAACUUAAUGUGAUUUAAAUGCAUCAGUCUUACGUAAAUGAAACAGGUAAAGUUGAUGUAAUAGUUCCCAGUGUUAAACAAACCCUGCUCAGUGUUCAUGUGUUUCCACACUACAGAGUGUUCAAGUAGCAUUGACACAGUGUUGGAGUUAAGGAGAUCAUUAUGUCAUGAUUGACCAAUAAUGAUGAACACCUGUUGUUUACAAGCAGAAUCACAGAAGGAAAGAGAAACACAAGAAUCAGCCACAGCCAAAGAUAAAAUUAACUUAAAUAAAUGAGGACAUUAAAUCUCUGAUUAAACAACUCCACAAACAACAUUACAGUUUGACUUGAUUUCUGUCAUAUAUCUAUAAAUAUUAUUAACCUCUGUUUAGAUGUUUUAUUUUUUUAUUUUUUUUUAGUUUCAACUGACCUCACCAUCAUGGCGAACAGGGUUUACUUUAGUUGGACUCUUGACUUUUGAUUUUUUUAUGUUAAUUUUUUUGGCUGUUGUAAUUAUGUGUAUGAAGCACAUUUAUUACAACAAAAUAAAAAAGCCAAAAAGAAGUCUGAUUAGGUGUUUUUGGUUAAUUUUUAUUGUUUGUUAAAUUAUUAUCAUCCAGUGGCAUGAUGCACUGAUCUCAUGCAGUGGUUAGUCUAUUAUUUUCAUAAUGUUUACAACAGGUGUAUGAAGUAUUAUGGAUGUUUAUCUUAUACACUAAAUCUUGAAAUCUACAGCAUCGGUUUGACACACACAGACAUCAAGAAUCAGCAUUUGAAUCUCAACAAUGGUGACAUUCAACAGCUGCAUGCUGGGUAGCAGCAGAGUACAAAUCUCACCCAUGACUCCCAGCAUGCAGCUGUUGAAUGUCACCAUUGUUGAGAUUCAUAUGCUGAUUCUUGAUGUCUGUGUGUCUAAGUAAUACUGCAGAUCUUAAAGUAGUAAUAGUAACAGUUCAUACAACUACUGUAAAUAUAAUGAAACUAAGAGGUAAACCACUGAACAAUAUCAGCAAAUCAGGCCACUUGACAAUGAUUACAAAAUCAAUAAUAAUUAACCAAGAACACUUAAUAAGGACCCCUUUUUUUUGCGCUAUACAAAUGUCCUCUACGAACACAAUUACAGCAACCAAAGAACAAAAAAAAACUAUACUAAGAAAGUCAAGGGUCAAGAGCCCAACUAAAGUAAACCCUGUUCGCCAUGAUGGUGAGGUCAAAUGAAACAUUUUUUAAAAUAAAACAUCUAAACCUCUGUUUAGACGUUCUCAAAUAAUAUUUGUGGAUAUACGACA